AUAACAGUUACGUGUUUUCAGUGAAACUGUCGACGGUCGUCGGUUUAGCUAGGUUAGCUACCUAGCGUUAGAAUAGAUAGUUAAAUAUAUAUAUUUAUAUGUGUAGCUGUAUAUAAACAUUACUGCUUUAGAGACAGUGGGUGACCCUUGUUUUUUUUUUUAUAUAAAUGCAUACAACAAACCUGAGGUUGUCGAGUAUUGGAUACUUAAAACUUCUCAAUUUGGAAAGGAUUUGCUGAAUGUAGAUUUUGUGGUACAAGGCUAGUUGCUAACUAGCUAGUAGCAACAGUUGGAAUGGAACUGUCUUCUGACGUGGAUACCGUGGUUGAGAACAUUGGAAACCUGCCAUCGGAGCUGUUUGCAGAAACGUGUCAUGAGAUUCUUCUUCAUCUUCAAGGACAGCGAAGUGUGACAGAUUAUGUUGAAAAACAUCACAGACUUAAAAGUGCUGGAAUAAAUCUUGAGAGCAAAGCUGUUCAGGAUAUUAUAAGGCUCUUGUCAUUUAAUUUUAGAUUGGCCGCAAGGAGCAACCUGAAUGCCGAUAUUCUGGUUACUAAAUUAGGUGAGGGUAGCAGUAAAUGGUCCAAAUCGACUUUGCAAGUCAUGCACCAUCUGUGGUCGGAGCAUGGAUCUCUUGUACAAGCACACCAGGAGGUGCAGGCCAUGGCCAGCAUCGGCCAGCUGGUAGACAUACAGUGGAAGCUGGGAAUGGCUGUGAGUUCUGACACAUGCCGGUCCCUUAACUCCCCAUACAUCUCCAUCCUGAUGAAAAUUGCAGAUGCUUCUGGGGAGAUUUCUUACAAGUCCUUCGAAAUGACGGUUCUCCAAUUCCAGAACUUCUUUAGACAGUUCAAGGAAAUGGCAUCUGUUAUGGAGACUGUUUAAGAAUUCUGCUUCAUAUGGCCACCAUUUUUAUUCUGGACUGUAGAACCUUUCAGUAUUGACCAACUGUUUACACUCAAGCUGGCUUGUUAUUUAUUUGGGAUAUUUGACAAUUGUAGGAUAUUUGCCAUUUUUGCACUGGAAUGUGCUUCAUAUUUCCAGAGCAAUGUGUGACAAGCAGUAAAUAAAGUAAUAAAGACGUUUUUAAAAAAAAAAGAAAAAAA